GUCAUGUUCUGCUCCCCCCGCCAAUAAAGUCAAACUCUUCCCUCCAGAAUGGUGAAGGAACCUCACCCCAGGAGAGGAAGCCGGAGCGUAACUGGAAUUAUGACCGGAGAAGAAGGGCGGGAGGACCUACUCCAUAAUAGUUCCUUUCAGAAGCAGGUGCCCCAGUGACUCACCCGGGAGAGCUGAAGGACAGAAACAGGGAAAUAACCAGAAAUUCAGAUACCAAGUCAUCUGGCCCUUAGAGAGUAACCUGGGGAAAGAAAAUCAGCUCCUCUUAUCACUGUUUUGCACCCAAAUACCUGGGGGGCCUGGGGGCUGGGGGACAUUUCUUCUGGAGAAACAGAGUAGGGCUUCUCCAACAGCUCUGUUAUUCUCCGCAGUCAAAGAGUUUCAGAGGUUCAAGGAAGGUCAGUGGGCUUUCAGUGGAGCAACAGCUACUUGGGAUUUCCAAUUAAGUGCACAAUCAGGCCGGGUGGGCAUGUGAAGUGAUGAAGUAGACGAACUGGCGAUUACCGAAUGAAAAGUUUCCAUUUUGUAGAAGCUUGGGUCUUCUCGUUUCCGAGUUUUCUAGUGGAGAAGAAAUAAAGCGGAGUAGUUUGGCCGUCCAUAGGCGGUAGUCGUGAAUUCGCAACCGCCGGGAAACAUGCUACUUUCUCGCACGGUGAUGGCAUAAAGGGAUUCGCUUCUUGGCGGUUCCCUAUUCCCACGGAGAUGGCCAGAGGUGCCCCCGAGAGCAACCGGCGUUAGCAGAAAGGGGGAAAGGUCGGCAUAUCGGUGGAUGAUUGGCACCCAAAAUAUAGACUCCUUUUUUUCCUCCUCUGAGUUGCUGAAGUAAAAGAAACCUGCAGCCUCCCCAUGCUAUCUGUUGACAUGGAAAACAAGGAAAAUGGCUCUGUCGAUGUCAAAAAUUCAAUAGAGAACGGGAGACCGCCCGACCCCGCCGACUGGGCCGUGAUGGAUGUCGUCAAUUAUUUCCGAACGGCGGGAUUUGAGGAACAAGCGAGUGCUUUUCAGGAACAGGAAAUUGAUGGAAAAUCAUUGCUCCUGAUGACAAGAAAUGAUGUGUUGACAGGACUUUCCUUAAAACUGGGACCGGCUCUGAAAAUCUACGAAUACCAUGUAAAACCUCUGCAAACACAGCACUUAAAGAACAACUCUUCCUAGUGCACAGCGAAAUUGGGACCUCAGACCUCAAUGAAUAAAUCCUUAAUUUGGUUUCACGUGAUGAAACUUGGUAAAGAGAGCAUAUAUGUAUAUAUUUUAAAAAUUUAAGCGAAAUGAAAACUUUUAUCCUAUUGGAUAGACUAAGCAAUAUACUUUAAUGUACUGUACCGGGUUCAAUCAAUGUCCUGCGGGUUGGGGGUGGGGAGGGAGCUAGGGAGGUGCAUGCCAAACUCUCUGCUCUGUGUGGUUUCUUUUCUGCAUUUGCCAGUAGGACCAUUGAAGUGAUGAGGUCACAGUGCCUCGCGUGACAAGUGAAGGAUGCGAUUUCUUCGUGUUUGGUAGCAACAGGCCGUUUCCCGAGAAACCCUGAAGAAGUUCAGGGCAUAAAUGCCUUUCCUCACAGCCUCGGCCUGAUUAAAAACGGGAAGCAAAAGCUAAAGGAGGAAGACAUCAUAUAUCCCUGAUGUCCCCGCUCCUCGGAGCUCGCGUUCUGGCGACGGAAUUGCCAACCCCCACCCUUUGUUGCAGAGGGCCUUUUAUCUGACCUUAUUAAGGUUUACGCGUGGUGUUUCGUGAUGCUUACAAAGGGACGGACGGUGGCCUUUGAAACCGAAGAUGGCCCUGCUGAGAGAGCUGCUCUUGUACAGUCUCAUUUGUAACUUGUUUCUCUGGGCUUCGUGGGUUUUGAUGGUUACUUCUAGGUAUAAUUGCUUUGAGAUCAUUUGGAUUAUUUGGAAGGAAAUGUCUGCGCUUUAUAUUUAUCUCUUUUGAAGAAAGAAAUUUGCAGAUGAUUGUAAAACUAUUCCGCAUGGAUUUUUUUUUUUAAUUGUUACGUGGUGGGUUUCUUUUUUUAAUUGUUUUAAUGCUUUCUUGAUUUCCCACUUGAAUACCGGUUUUCAAGCACUUGAAAGAGUGAUCUUGUUAUAUCUCUGUUUAAAGAGACCGUCAAACAAUCUGCUUGCACCGAGCUAUAGGAUUGGUGCUCUGUGAUCCUAAUAAAGUCAUUGCUUCUGUUCUGA